AUGAGACGGAGACGGAGGGGGGGGAGGGGGGGGGUGACGCCUCGUAUCGUGGGGGGGGUUCUGGAGAAACUGGGAGGCAGUCCCUGGCAGGUGCUGCUCCGCAGGGCCGAUGGUUACGGCUUCUGUGGAGGGACGCUAGUCUCUGACCGCUGGGUGGUCUCUGCUGCACACUGCCUGGAGGAGAGCGUGGACCACGUCACCAUAGGGGACUAUGAUAAGAGGCGUCCGGACCCCAUGGAGCAGCAGUUGAAGGUCCAGAAGGUUUUCGUCCAUCCUCACUUCCACUCGUUCACCUUCGACAGUGACAUCGCUCUGUUGUUCCUCUCAGGCCCCGUGAGGAGGGGCCCCACGGCGGCCCCGGCCUGCCUGCCGGACCCCCACCUGUCCAGGUACCUGCUGCAGGAGGACUCUCGAGGCGUGGUCUCAGGUUGGGGUCUGACUCGUCACAUGGGCCGCUCCUCACGCUUCCUGAGGAAGGUGACGCUGCCCGUCAUUGGACAGCAGACCUGCAGCAGCUCGACCAAUCAGGUGAUCACAGACAACAUGUUCUGCGCAGGCUUCCUGGACGUGGCGAUGGACGCCUGCGGGGGGGACAGCGGGGGACCCUUCGUUCAGAACCACAGGGGGACCUGGUUCCUGACGGGGGUCGUCAGCUGGGGCGAGGGCUGCGCCGCCAAAGGGAGGUUUGGGGUCUACAGCCGCAUCGGGAACUUCCUCAACUGGAUCAGAGACACCAUGCAGAGACAGGACCUCAGCCAGGACCAGGGCCUCAGCCAGAACCAGGACCUUAGCCAGGACCAGGACCAGGACCUCAGCCAGGACCAGGACUAAUGGACCAGAACCAGGACUAACGGACCAGAACCAGGACCUCAGCCAGGACCAGGACUAACGGACCAGGACCAGAACCAGGACCAGGACUAACGGACCAGAACCAGGACCUCAGCCAGGACCUCAGCCAGGACCAGGACCUCAGCCAGGACCAGGACUAACGGACCAGGACUAACGGACCAGGACUAACGGACCAAAACCAGGACUAACGGACCAGGACUAACGGACCAGAACCAGGUCUACUGACGGACCAGACGAUGAUGGAUGUUUCAAACGAUGGACAUCAGGAGGUCAUUGGUUGAGCUGCAGAUUCUUUCCUUUGGACUCUAAACUCAUAAAUAAACAUGUUCUGAUCGAUGGUCCACAGAUCUGACUCCUCACAGACCGGCUGAUGGUUCAUUAUAAACAUGUUAUUAAUGAUGAUUGUGUCCGACUGCACGGUCUCUACUGACUCCCUGAUGCGUAUUACAGCUGUUUGAAAGAUUGUUGUAUAUUAAUGUCUUUAACAUGAUGGACACAGAGAGACUGAGACGUGUGCAGAAGUUUUAUUUCAUACCAACAGGAGUAAAGUAAGAGUGAAGAUACACAGCAGCGCUCAGAUAAUAAAGUAUAUAAAAAAUAU